AUGGCCGACCAACAACCUCAAAGUUCUGACUCGACUCCUCAACCUCAAAUUCCUGCCGCUAUUACUCCCAUCUCUCUACCAACUCCUCACGCUGGCCCCUCGCCUGUCCCUCUGCUCCGUCCCGCCAUCCCCGGCGCUAGGAGUGGCGGGGCUCGCACACCGAGACUCGGCCUUGCUAUCCCCCCAUCUCCCAAUGCCAAACCCGUUGGCAGCCAAGGCGCACCGGUUGCCGCGCCUUCAAGGCCUCCUCUGCCGACUCUACACCUGAAGACUCCCAUGGGAAGCAACGUCACUCCCCAUGAGCAACUCCCUCGAUCACAAUGCGUCACCCAACCAUCGGCAAGCGGCGGCAGCGAGAGCAGCGCUGCUCAUUCAAGGUCUGGUAGUUUUGGUCCUUUGGAUGGUAGGGCGAGCAAUCCUACCUCGGCCGGCUCUCAGUACUCGGCCCUUUCGUUUGCUUCUCAGUAUGGUAUCGGUGUGUCAAGACCCCAGGGAACUCCAGACCCGGUGUCAGCCGUUGGAUCCAUGUAUUCUGAGAGGAGUGAGGGUGGUGUUUCUAUGGAGCGUGAUGGUAGCCUGCAAGGACUUGAGGCUUUUGAUCAGCUGAGUCUGGAGAAGGCCAGGACUCUCGAUGUGGACGAGUUGGAUGAGGAGGGCUGGAGAAUCGCCAGUAUGGAAAACAGGAUCGUGGAGCUGGGUAACUUGGGUGAAGGUGCAGGCGGUGCUGUCACAAGAUGCAAGCUCAAGGGCGGCAAUACGGUGUUUGCUUUGAAGGUCAUCACCACGAACCCCGAUCCCGAUGUCAAGAAGCAGAUUCUUCGAGAACUUGGUUUCAACAAGGAAUGUGCCUCGGACCACAUUUGUCGAUACUACGGCGCUUUUGUCGACCCUGCCACGGCUACCAUCUCCAUUGCUAUGGAGUUCUGCGAAGGAGGCUCACUCGACAGCAUCUACAAGGAAGUUAAGCGUCUUGGUGGCCGUACUGGAGAAAAGGUCCUGGGAAAGAUUGCCGAGGGCGUCUUGGGAGGACUAACUUAUUUGCACACGCGACGAAUCAUUCACCGAGACAUCAAGCCAUCCAACAUUCUCCUCUGCCGAGAUGGCGCUGUCAAGCUUUGCGAUUUUGGCGUCUCCGGCGACUUUGGUACCAAGGGUGAGGCUAACACCUUUAUCGGUACCAGCUACUACAUGGCCCCUGAGCGAAUCACUGGCCAGUCGUAUACUAUCACUUCGGAUGUGUGGUCAACAGGAGUUACCCUCCUCGAGGUUGCACAGCAUCGAUUCCCCUUCCCAGCUGACGGUACGGAGAUGCAGCCGCGAGCUGGUCUCAUCGACCUUCUUACCUACAUUGUCAGGCAACCUGUGCCCAGGCUUAAGGAUGAGCCUGACAUGGAUGUUUACUGGAGUGACAACUUCAAGUACUUUAUUGAGUGCUGUCUUGAGAAGCAGCCCAACCGCCGAGCAAGCCCCUGGAAGAUGAUGGAGCACCCAUGGAUGGUCGAGAUGCGCUCAAAGCGCGUCAACAUGGUGAAAUACCUCUCGUUUGUAUGGGGCUGGGAUGACCAGCCCAAGGCGUAG